AUGGCUGCUAUAUUCAAACUUCCUAUUCUUGUUUUGUUACUAUUAUUGUCUUUAGGUAUAUGUUCAGCUAGAAGGGCUUUGCUCACUUUUGAUGCUGGAGUUGGAUAUGGUUUAGGCCAUGGCAUUGGUGGAGGUGGUGGAUCAGGUUCAGGUGGUGGUGGUGGAUAUGGUGGUGGGGGAGAACAUGGAGUUGUUGGAUAUGGAGGUGGAGGUGGGAAUGGUGGUGGUGGAGGUUAUGGUAUUGGUGGAGAACAAGGUGUUGGUUAUGGUGGAGGUGCAGGAGGUGGAGCUGGGGGAGGUUAUGGAGCUGCUGGUGGUGCAGAACAUGGCAUAGGAUACGGAGGAGGUGGUGGAAGUGGUGGUGGUGGUGGUGGUGGUGGUGGAGGUGGUAGUGGUGCAGGAGGAGCUCAAGGAGGUGGAUAUGGCACUGGAGGAGGAGCUGGUGGUGGUAGUGGUGCAGGAGGAGAUCAUGGAGGCGGUUAUGGUGGUGGUCAAGGAGGUGGAGCUGGCAGUGGUAGUGGUGCAGGAGGAGAGCAUGGAGGUGGUUAUGGUGGUGGUCAAGGAGGUGGAGCAGGUGGAGGCAGUGGUGCAGGAGGAGAGCAUGGUGGUGGUUAUGGUGGGGGUGAAGGAGGUGGAGCUGGAGCUGGUGGAGGCUAUGGUGCCGGGGGAGAACAUGGUGGUGGUUAUGGUGGGGGUGAAGGAGGUGGAGCUGGAGCUGGUGGAGGCUAUGGUGCUGGGGGAGAACAUGGUGGUGGUUAUGGUGGUGGUCAAGGAGGUGGAGCUGGCAGUGGUAGUGGUGCAGGAGGAGAGCAUGGAGGUGGUUAUGGUGGUGGUCAAGGAGGUGGAGCAGGUGGAGGCAGUGGUGCAGGAGGAGAGCAUGGUGGUGGUUAUGGUGGGGGUGAAGGAGGUGGAGCUGGAGCUGGUGGAGGCUAUGGUGCUGGGGGAGAACAUGGUGGUGGUUAUGGUGGGGGUGAAGGAGGUGGAGCUGGAGCUGGUGGAGGCUAUGGUGCCGGGGGAGAACAUGGUGGUGGUUAUGGUGGUGGUCAAGGAGGUGGAGCUGGAGGAGGAUAUGCUGGUGGAGGAGAGCAUGGUGCUAGUGGCUAUGGAGGUGGUGAAGGAGGUGGAGCUGGAGGAGGCUAUGGUGGUGGUGGAGAGCAUGGUGCAGGUUAUGGGGGUGGUGAAGGUGGUGGUGCCGGAGGAGGCUAUGGAGCUGGUGGAGAGCAUGGCAUCGGUUAUGGAGGAGGUAGUGGAGGUGGAGGUGGAGCAGGCUACGGUAGUGGAGGAGCGCAUGGAGCUGGAGGAGGUGCUGGUGGAGGAGCAGGAGGUGGAGCAUACGGUGGGGGUGGAGGUGGUGGCAUAGGGGGAGGAGGUGGAUAUGGAGAAGGUGGUGCCCACGGUGGUGGUUUUGGAGGAGGUGGUGGAAGUGGUGGUGGCCAUGGUGGUUAUGUUCCCUAA